AAUGACCAGCGCAUAUAAGUGUAUUGAGGCUGCAGUAAUGUAUGAAGUCCAAUUCUGAAACACCAUGUCAGAUGAAGGCAGCUCUGGUGAGCACCUUUCUACAACAACAGUCAGUUCAGUUGCUGUUCAGGCUGGAGAUUCCAGGAUUGUUAUCGCUAUACUUAAGUGUGGGAAAUGGGUGCAGUUUCAGCUGACUGAGUCAAUUCCAAAUGUAUUGGAAAUUGGCAGCAAUCAAGAUGAGACCAAAAAACUACUACAAGAUCAUGAACUCCUCCUGGCUAAACUUAAGUCUUUGGAAGAUCAAGUAUGGGACCUGUUACGUGAAGCAGACAAGACUGCAGAGGAAAACCAAGAGCAAAGCCAAGUGUAUGAUGCCAUGGCACAAACUCUGGGGGAUGCCUGGGAUGCCCUCAUCGUUAUGCUAGAGAAGCGAAGAGCACUUCUGAAACUUACUGCAGGAUUUUUUGAAAAUGCUCUGGAGUUUGCUAUUAAAAUUGACCAAGUGGAGGAUUUCCUUCAGAAUGCCCAGGAGUUUGAGAACACUGAAUCUUUGAAAAAGCUCCUUCAUCAGCAUGAGCAUCACACAAAAGAGCUCUUGGAAAAGUCACUGGCCCUUUUAAACAAAAGCCAUGAGCUGACUGAAUUCAUAGAAGAAUUCAAAUCUGAUGGGCCUAAUGUAAACUCUGAGUUGAUUCAAGGAGCCCACAGCAGCUGCUUGAAAAUUGGCAGUCUCCUGGAGCUGCUACAAGACAGGAGAAGGCAACUGGACAAACAUCUGAAGCAGCAACGCCAAGGACUAGAGCAGGUUCUGCAAAUUUGUCAUUGGCAUCACCAAGAAAACCAGGUAACAUCUUGGUACAGGAAAAAUAUGAGUGAUUAUCUACAUAAGCAAAAUCUAGGCUCAUCUUUAACAGAAAAUGAAGAGCUACUUCAUGAGCACAUGGAAAUGGAAUUCAAGGCUAAGGAAUGGAAUUCCACUGUGGAAAAAUUAAAAGCAGAAGCACUCAAGAUUCUGUUUUCAGAGGACUAUGCAGAAAAGGAACAUCUGAAGCUUUCAAAUCAGAAAAUAAAUCUGUUGCAAGAAGAGUUGUGCCAUCGUAUGGAGGAAAGGAAAACCUUUUUACAAGAGGCCAAUGACUUCUUUAGUGCUGCUAACAAGGCAUUUGAUGUUCUUGGAGGUAUUGAAGCUUACCUUAAGCUCCUUAACUCGGAGGGUUUAAGUUUGCCUGUCUUGGCAAUGAAGCAUGAGGAAUUACAGGAAGAAAUUAAAGACUGCACAGCCGAUGCUUUGCAGAAGGGAAAAGCCUUAGUUAGUAAAGGAGAUUCCCACAGCUCUUGGAUGACUGGAAUUCAGGAAAUGAUAGAAUAUGUUCAGAAAAGAGUGGAUCAACUAAUCAGACAGUGUCCUGCUUACAAAGAACUUGCUUUAAAGAAACAAGGGCUCACUGCCUCACUAGAAGAUUAUCUAAAGAAGGUAUCAUUGUCAAUUAAAAAAAUCAGUCCGAUACUUGCAGUCAGUAUGGAUCCUGGUUCUUGUUUGACUGAGUCAGAGAAAGUUUUGAACGAAUACCUAGAACUGUCUGAUCAAGCUAAGGAAACAUCACAUGAACUGGAAGCAGCUGUGAGACUUAUUAAUGAAGUGGAAGAAUUUGAACCUGCAGAGGUGGCAGCUUUCUCUAGCAAAGCUGACCUUCUAAAUGAAGAACUGACAACACUUAACAAAAAUAUUAGUUCAAAACUAGAUGUUCUAAAAGCUUAUGUGGCAUUUUUAAAGUCAGCGAAGGAGGUAAAUGACCAAGCUCAAAGUCUGAAGGAAUUCUAUAAAUCUGAGCCUGUGCAAACAGAGAGUGAAGCUGAAAACAAGACUGUGAUUGAGUCAGCUGAUACUCAGUGGCCGAUUGUUUUAAAGAAGAUUCUUUCCACUCAAGAUAUGGGUCAUGAUUUUAUUAAUUCAUUACAUUUGAUGAAUAAGAAUCUUAUAUUAAAGUUGGAAAACGUUUUUCAAGUAACUGAAGAUACUAUUGACAAACUAAAUAAAGAAAAGGAAGAGCUGACAGACCUGUGGACAACAUGGAAGCUCCAUAUCAAUCAAGAAAAGUCCAUCAAACAACAAUGUUGGAAAUUUAAAGAGCAAUUUAAAAAAACUUCUCAUAACUUAAUGAUUCUUGAGGAGGCUCUCAGACCUGCUGCAGCAGUUGACCUUGGGAGUAACCUUCAGAUUUUUUUAGAACUACAACAAAAAUUUAACCAAAUGAAACAACAGUUUCAGCAACUAACUGCUGAGGUUGAAUACACAAUAAAAUUAUCAGAAUUGCUGACCCUAAAAGGAAAUUCUGAGAAAGUAAGUGAGCUUGCUCAUCUUCAUCAAAGGAUAAAAGAAAGGAUGACAGAAUAUGAUGAAAUCUUCAACAAAUCAGUCAAAUUCCAUAAUGUCAAAGAACAACUGGAAUGUCUCAAAAAAUCAGGAGAACUGGAGAUUCCUGAAACAAAUGAGAUCCCUGAUGAUGCACACCAAGCUAGAGUCCACCUUGCUAAUACUCAGGAAAAACAUGCGCAUAUUGGACAUCUAUAUAAACUGGCUCUUACCCUAGGAGUGGACAGCCUUUCUGCAGUGCAGCAUCCUAACUGCUUUAAUAUUUCUGUAAAGACUCUACAGCAGGAGCUUGCUACACUGGAGUGUGACAGCAUUAACUGGAGAACCAAAGCAGAUAAGUAUGAGGAGGAACUGUGUCACAACUUCCAGUACUGCACAAGUAAAGAAGAGAUAAAUGAGCUCAGAGAGUCAUUUAAAGAUCUGAAAAAGAAAUUCAACAACCUGAAAUUUAACUAUACCAAGAAAACAGAAAAAGCUCGAAAUCUGAAAGUUCUUAAAAUUCAGAUUCAGCAGGUUGAAAUGUAUGCUGAAAAAAUGCAGAUUCUGAGAAAGAAGAUGGAUAAUUUAGAGAAGAAAGUUACUGGCUAUGUAAUAAAUCAUCCUGAUGGUAAAGCUGGUGUCCUCUUGGAGUCAGUCAACGAGUUACAGAAACAGCUGAGUGAAUUUGGCAGAGUUGUGGAGGAUUACAAGCAAAAUUUGGAUCGUAUUGAGCAUCUGCAGCAGAUGAUGGAAGAGUGUCAGUUUUGGUAUGAAGAAGCAAGUGCUACAGUCGUUAGAGUUGGGAAGUAUUCUGCAGAGUGUAAAACGAGGGAAGCAGUGGCAAUUCUCUACAAGCAAUUCAAUAAGUUUAUCAAGCCUAUGGUGCCUCAACAAGAGGAAAGAAUUCAGCAGAUUACUGACCUCGCUAAACACUUAUAUGGUUUUGAAGAAGGAAAGAAAUAUAUUGAGAGAACAAUAAAAAGACAUAAAGAAGUUCUUGAUUCUAUUGAUGAAUUGUGUAUCUCUUUAAGAGAACUUGAAGAACAGAUUGUGGAAGAUGUGUUAAAAGAAAAAACACCUGAUACAGGUGGUUUUGUUGAGGAGUCAGCCACUAUACCAAGAAAACAAGAAAGAAACAGGCAGGAGACAUAUAAGAAAGUUACCAAAGCAAAGCGAGAGGUGGAGUCAGAUACACUCACUGAAAGGCCAGAAAUCAGAAUUAAAAUGGAAAACAAUAAUAUGCUUUUCACCACCCAUCUUAAAAAGAAAGAGACGAGACUGGCUGAUAUUUCAGUUGUCUGCCCAGCUGGUGAGGAUUUCGUUUCACAGGAUAUGGCGCUGUCUCCUUCUGCCAAAGAGGAUAGUUUACAGGCUGAGCUGCUGGCAGAAGAAACGCCCUCCAGGGAGGAAUAUAAAUGUAUAUCACCUGAUGAUAUCUCUUUGCCCUUGCUUUCCGAGAUGCCUGAAUCUGACGUCCUGCAUUCUGAAGCUGAGCUGGAAGAGCAGCCCUGCAGUAGUUUUCAUAGUCUGCAUGUCAGCUCCUAUAGCUUGCAAAUGCAGAUAAACUCUGGCAGUAAAAGAAUGACUGAUGAGUCUGAUCUCUUAACACCUGUUGCUUAUGCUGACACUUCAAAUCAUAGAAGGGAAACCAUAUCAGAUGAGUUAGAGAGAUUUUUCCCAUCUACCAUAGAUCACUAUCCAAAAUUUGGAAUGGAAUCUCCUUUGACUUCUAGUUCACCAGAAGUACCUGAAAACAUCACUGCUUCCUGCACAAUACAUGCAAAGCCUGCAUAUAGCAUGAUGAGUGAAGUGUGUGAGACACAUACACAACACAAUGAAGCUCACCAAAGCAUGACAGAAACACAAGAACAAUUGCAUGACAUUAAUAAUUUUACUAAAACCCAGGAUAGGCUGCAUGCUUUGCCUGAUGCAGUCUCAGGUCUCAUGUUUCAAUCAGACGCCACCAGGAGCUGUCAGAGGCAGAUGGUCACCCAAGAAGAGAUUAAGAGUGCAUCAGAAAAGAACAGCAUGGCCAGCCUAUCUGGACAGGCGCCUAACUUCUCCAAAUUGCUGUCCAAUGUAACCGUCAUGGAAGGUUCUCCGGUGACUUUGGAAGUAGACGUAGCAGGAUUUCCAGAGCCUUCACUGACAUGGUACAAGAAGGGCCAGAAAUUGACCACAGAUGAGCACUUAAAGCUUUUACAAAAGGAGACAAAGCAUGCUUUGUUCAUUCAGAAGGUGUGUGAUGCAGAUGCUGGCCUCUAUGUUGUUCGGGCUAAAAAUUCUAGUGGCACUAUCUCAUCAAGUGCCAUCCUCCAUGUGAAAGUACAAGGAAAACAACCAAACUUCAUACAGAAAUUUGGACAUACAACUCUACAAGAAGGAGAAGAUUUAAUCCUGCAUUGCACUAUACGUGGAAUACCCAGACCAAAUGUUGUUUGGACUAAAGAUGAUAUCAGACUGGUAGCUGGAAACAUCAGUACUGAGAAAUUAGGUGACUCCUAUUACCUUUUUAAAAGAAAUGUAGUCCUUGCUGAUACUGGGAAAUAUAUUUGUGUGGCCAGCAAUGAAGUUGGGGAAGCAUACUGUUCAGCUUUCAUAAGAGUUACAGAGAAAAAUGAAAAACCAGAAAUUCCCACUGAAACUGAGACAAAAUCAAAACAGGAACAAGGAUAUUUUUUAGAAAAAAUAACUGUCCCUACAGCUGAAGUGGGACAAGAUCAGGACACACAUUGUAUGAAAGGUCAAAGGCCAAUGGCUAACCAUCUGUCAGUGAGGUUAAAACAUAAACACUGGCUGCAGAGUGCCUAUUUUUCACAUGUGGAGUCGCAAGAGGUUAACAUCAGUUUGAAGCAUGAUCCCAUACUUCUCUUGGCUACUCCAGAGGAUAUUAUAGGGGAAAUCUAAUUAAGAAGAUGGGUUGAACUUCAGGAUGCCCAAUUUAUGAGUGGACUAAUUGCUUGCUGUGAAUCUUCAUGGAGAUUUGACAUUGUGAGGGGGGAAAGGGACUCUCUGAGUAUUGCUUAAUUAAUACCUAAGAACAUGCUAGUAAUUAGAAUUUGUAAUUUGUUUCUCUAUAUUUCAUUAAUAAAGUCACGUGCAUAGCAGAAUCUACUUGACGUAAAUGUUGUGGUUUCGACUUCACUUGUUUUAUCCUGGCUUAUAAAACACAUUAGAAAACACACCUCAAAAGAAAGUGUAUUUAUAUGUGAUAUUAGUAAAUUCCCCUCUGCUUUUUUAAGUAC